GAAACGUGUGUCGAGAUCUGCAGGAGAAGCAUCUCCUGUGAGCGCGGCGAGCGGAGGAGACACGUCGUAGCGAUGCAAAGUGAAGGUUGUGAUGCCGGAUGUCUUUCCCACAUUGAGUUUUGAGAGCCAGAGAGGUGGGCGCCCGAGGCUUGAGUCACGUCAGUAGCCGAUCGAGGGAGAGAAGAGUCGAGCGAGAAGAUACUGUGGGAAGGAGAAGUUGACAGUGGAAGGAUUCAGGAUGAUCUUGGGAAGCGUAAACCGACCAGGGCCGGUCCCUGCCUUCCUCAGGAGCCCGCCUGUCAUCCCAGCCCCGCUGGACAUGAAGCCCUUCCUCCAGUUCCCCCUGGAGUCGCCUCACCCGGCCAGCAUCGGCCUCUUCCACAACUUCAACACAAUGGACCCUGUCCAGAAGGCGGUGAUGACACACACCUUUGGGCCACCCAUGGUGAAGACAAAGCGGCCAAUCAUCUCCUGCAAUGUCUGUCAAAUACGUUUCAACUCAGAGAGCCAGGCAGAGGCCCACUAUAAGGGGAACCGCCAUGCUCGGAGGGUGAAGGGGAUCGAGACAUCCAAGACAGCUCGUCCCCAAGAUGGUGACAAGCAACACCCUCCCUCUACUGCUUCGCCCACCCCACAAGGCCCCUCACCAUCCAGCCCUGAGCCUGAUCUUAAUAAGCAGGAUGACACCCAAUCCUGUCCCAACUCUAACAAGUCACCUUUGACCCCUAGCCACCUUCCAACACCCACACUGAGCUCAGCAGACGCAGAGUGUCCCCUCUUGCCUUCUGUCAACACGCCUCUGCCAUCCUCUCCCUCCUCCUCCUCCACGGCCCUCAGUACCCCCCCUGCGGAUCCAGCAGCGGCCGGUCUCCCUGACACCCCGUCCCCAGCACCCAGCCCUUCUUCAGGAGAGUCAGAGGAAGAGAAAGCCAAGAAGCUUCUCUACUGUUCCCUGUGCAAAGUAGCUGUUAAUUCCCUCUCACAACUGGAGGCACAUAACAAAGGUACCAAACACAAAACCAUUCUGGAAGCUCGGAGUGGACUGGGACCCAUUAAAGCAUACCCACGUCUGGGUCCCAAACCCAGCCCAGAGCAAGGAGGGGAGCUGUCCUCUGACCCCAACACUCAGGAACGCACCUUCCACUGUGAGAUCUGCAACGUCAGAGUAAACUCAGAGCUGCAGCUUAAACAGCAUAUAUCUAGCCGGAGGCAUCGGGAUGGAGUGGCAGGGAAACCUAAUCCUCUUCUCAGUCGGCACAAGAAGCGCACAGACUUUAUGGAACUUCCAAAAACUCUGGGGGCCGGACUUUUACCAAGUCCCCUGGCUGUUGCCGCAGCGAUGGCAGCAGCAGCCUCCUCCAAUCAGCUGGCAUUACGUCCUCCUGUCCCGACUUCCCACCCUCAUCCCCAUCACCACCUCCUACAGGGAACACCCCUCAGCCUGCUAAGGCCCGCUCCCGGUCCCAUCCGCACCACGCACGGGCCGAUCCUCUUCACCCCUUACUGAUGGCAAGAGAAUGAGGACGAAUCAGGAAGAAGCACACUGUGAAGUGGAGGCCUGCAACCAUGUGCCAUCAAGCGCCGAAUCAGCUGGUGUGGCUCCAGCUGGUGUUUCAUCAUCAUAAAAACAGUGAACAUAAAUGUGACUCUUCAUGGUGCACACUGUGGUUGCAGACCACUGCUGUUACAAUGACAGGGAGAACCAGAGAAAACUGACAAAUCUCAGACAUUUCAAAGAGACAGUAUGUUUCCUUUCUCCCCGGUUUCCUUUCAUCACUCAACCAAUUGCCAAUCAUCAAGCAGACUCUGCAGACAGUUUCAAGACAAGCUUAUAACCAAGUUUUUAUCAAGCAUGGACUUCUUUAAGCACCCUCCAAACUGCAACUGACUACUUAUCUUCAUCUAACAUGAUCCCACUGUAUCCGACUCAAAACCCUACCUCUCUUACGUUUUAAUGUUCACCUCUACAAGGAUUCAUUGCAUAUCCAAAGCAUUACUGUUAUCAAAAACAUGCCCGCUGGGUUAGAUAUAGUAGUUGCCUCUGAUGUUAACUGGCAUCAUGCUGUAGCUGUCACACUAUAGUGGAUUGUGCCACUGUUAAGUUCUGUUUCGUGGCCUAUAAAGAGAAAAAGGUACCAACAAUUUAUGUACUGUUUCUGCAGUUACUGGCAAACUGUACUGUAUGUACAUUUUCACAACUGGCCUAUUGGUCUAUAUUUACCUCUGUGGGAAUGAAACAGGAAGUCAAAGAGGAACAGCAAAAGGGUAGACAUUACAUAGCGUCUUAAAACUGUACUCCUAUGUACAUCAACCACAUUCAUGGUUUGGCAAAGAUGAGUUGUUGUGAAGAAGUAAUUGCUACUGGUGAACUAUGCAGCGAUCAAUGUUUAUUCUACAGACUGUGUAAAAUGCAGUAAGCUUGGAGUGAAUAAGAAUAGAACGAGAGCAAAAACCCAUGAUUCUCCAUGAAUGGGCUCUGACAAAAACCAUGUCCCAAAAAGCACAUAAGUAAAAGUCUGUGGUGAAAAUCUGUAAAUGGCUUAAAUAUGUUGAAAAUGAGAAUUAUCAUUUUUUCAUCCACACAUCAUUGUGCAAAACAGCAAGGUAUCAUUGUCUUGAUGGAAUAGUUCGAACACUGUGAGCACAGUAAGACAAUGGAUGAUUUAUGACUUUGGUAGCAGGUAUUUGCAUUAUGUGCACAUUCAAUUAUACAGACCACAUUUUCACCACAAUCCCAUACGAGGAGCGUGGAAAACAGUGGGAUGAAAGACACCAGCAUUAUUUUAACAGAAAGUAGCGAUAAGGACCACAUACACAGAUGAGUAGUUGUAUGCAAAAAAACAAUACACCAUUUUUGGUAGUAUGAUAGGCCUGUAGUGAGAACAACUGUUUAGUUUGUCUGCUCUGCCUCGUGUGCUCCAGCCCUACAUGACCCUGAACUAUCCCAGUGAAAACUGUCAAGAUGGCUUGUGAAACUUUAGAGGGAGGCUUUAGGAACCGGAAACUGUAGCAAUACUUAAGCACUCCUGCUAACUUUUCUUGUUAACUGCAAUAAAAAAAUGUCAACAAAUGUAUGAAUUGUUAUUUAGGAGAAGUGUAUUGAAACAUUACUGUAAAUGUAGAUUAUUAAAAAAAUGACAAAGGGUACAUGUUGGGGCUUCCUAAUUGUUAAAUUAAAACAAAAUGAUAUAUAAAAUCAUUAAACUGAGGU